AUGUUUCGCACAACUCUACGAUGUUUCUCAAAUGCAGCAAUCGCAAGCACAUCCACGAAAACCGCUGUAUUUGAAUAUCCCCUCGUAACUGUGCCAUCGUUCGAUGUAACACGAAAAUUUGGGAAUAUUUUUGCGCAGACGAUUUAUUCAACAUUUUUCGAGAAGGAAUUUAGUGUGGAGAGUUUGGUGCAUGGAGCGAAUCGGGGAAUUCAUAGUUUAUCGCAUUUUAUAGCAGAAGAGCGAUGGGAUCAAAUGGAAAACUUGGUGGCUAAGGAGACUGUUGAGAAUUUGAAAUUUUCGCGAGGGAAUUUGGAUAAGCGGCUGGAAAAUGCGCUGAAAUUCAAGGAGGACGACAUUGUUUUAUCAUUUUUGCAUUCUUCAAUUAUUUCAGGAAGAGAUGUGUUCAAAUGUGAGUUUUUUUUAGAAUUUUGGAAGAAAGAUGUUGAAAAAUGGAAAAAUUUUCAGUGAGCAAAAAUCGGAAUAUUGGAAUCUACUUUACUGUUGUUAGCUACGUCAGACUAUCUGAAAAUGUUCCAGAAGAUGCGAAAAUCUCACAACUUACUGGAAAAUACAGAAACGAUGUUUUAGUUUGCAAUGCCACGUAAGUAAACCCCCCAGAAAAAAACUUGAAAAAAAACAUAUUUUUUUCAGAUUUUCACGGGUUCUGAAUCCCCUUGGUGUUUGGAAAAUCACCAAUGCCAAUUUCUUCCUUCUUCAAUAA